AUAAUACACACACGAGCGCCAACAAGCACAGCUAUGGAAUGCUACAUAUUUUAUUUGUUACCCCUUAAAAAUAACAUCGUUUAUUAUAAAAAAAAAAAAAAAGUGCAAGAAAAAAAAAUCAGUGACAACAUAAAUUUGCAAAUUCUAUUUGAUAAAAAAGAAAAACAAGAAUAAUGAUUGAAAAUGAAUUAUCAUGGAGGGAGGUGGUUAUUCUGGCGAUGGUGAUUUGGGAAGUUCAAGAAAUGGACAAAAUCCAUCGGGUAAAAAAUUACAACAAACACAAGCUAAAGUCGAUGAAGUCGUGGGAAUAAUGAAAGUAAAUGUUGACAAAGUAUUAGAAAGAGAUCAAAAACUUUCUGAAUUAAAUAAUCGAGCGGAUGCACUUCAAAUUGGUGCCAGUCAAUUUGAACAACAGGCGGGAAAAUUGAAACGAAAAUAUUGGUGGAAAAAUUUAAAAAUGAUGAUUAUCAUUGGCACAAUUGCAGUUGUUAUUCUCAUUAUUAUUAUCGUUUCGUGUUUGCCGAGCGAUGAUGCUUCUUCUUCUCCUUCUAAUAAUAAUAAUGGAAAAAAUUAGACAGAGAAUAUCAACAGAAAGCAAUUGUGUGUGUCUCUCUCUAAUGUAAGUUUUUAUGAAAAAAUGAUAGUCGUUGAUAAAAGAAAAAAAGAGGAAUUGAAAAAUAUAUUUUUGAGACUUUGUUUUUCAUCAAAUGCAGCGAUUAAUGCAUUCGAGUAAAGAAAAAAAAAAAAAAAUAAUAAAUAAAAUUAGAAUAAUUUUGAGGUGGCGAGAAUUUAAAUCAUAUAAUAUAGAAAAUAAAGGCUGAUUGGCUGUUUGAAUUUCCAUUUUGGAAAUGUGUAACAUUUUUUUUUAAUUUUUUUUUUUAUUGUCAAUUUGUACGCGCAAGUGUUAAUAUUUUCCCAAAGAGUUUGUUUUUUUGGGGGGGUAUUUUUAUGUUUCACACACAAAAAUAAUUAUUGUAAGUUCAAUAUUUAAUAUUUAAUAUAUAUAUAUAAAUAUAUUAUAUAUUUCUGUACUGUUUUUCAAUUUUUAAAAAGAAUGUUCAAUUUUACUUCCGUGUAGUUUUUUUUCUAGUAUAUAUUAUACAUGUUACUAAUUUUGAUGUAUUGAAAAAAAAAUUAUUUACAUCUUCCAUUUCAUAGAGCACAAAAUAUUUCUCGAUAACAAGGGGACCAUGAAUAAAAAUAUUUUUUUGACAAAUUAAAUAUUCAUUUUUUCGUGCAAAAUAAUUUUUUUUUUUUUUAUAAAGAUGAUUGUAAAAAAAAAAAAUGAAAAUUUGUGUGAAACUUACGUUUGCUUUGUAUUAAUGUUGUAAUUUUGCUUGUAAAUUAAUUUUUUUUUGAGGCGAAAAGAAAUGGAAGAAGUCUCGAUUCUUAUGUGAAAAACAAAUUUUUUCGAAAUGUCUUCCUGUAAUUAAUGCACAAAUAUUGUACUAUGUAUCUUGAAAUAUUUUUGUAGAAAUGUUUAAGGAGGAGAAUGAAAAAUUAAAUAAACGUUUCUAUUUUUAAA